CCGAUGCUGCGGCUGUUCAGACGGCGCGCGGGUGGGCUGGCAAGGCGAGGGCGGCGACGAGGGGAGGCACGUGGUCGGCGCCGCCCUCCCGGUGGCUCUCCCCGUCCUCGUGCGGGGAAGGGGGAGGAGGAAGGAGCCGGCAGCCGCAGCCCAGCCCAGCUCGCCAUCCCCCCAGGAAGGCUCGACGGUGGCGCGGCGGCUGCCUGCCUGGCCUCCUCCCGCCUGGCACACACGAGGCGUGUCCACGCACACGGGGGGAGGCGAGAGGCGGGCGCGCAUCGCUUGGGCACAGCUGCCGCAGCGGCUCUUUCAGCGCAAGCGGAGAGCGAGGCAGACAGGCGCCCCAGCAGCCCGGGAAAGCCGUCGGGAGAGGCACCGGGGCGGGUGAAUGAUCCCGGCUCUCGGAGGCAGUUGCGUGGAAGAAAUCGGGGGCCGCCAUGGAGGUCAAUGCAGGUGGUGUGAUUGCUUACAUCAGCUCUUCAAGUUCAGCCUCUAGCCCUGCCUCGUGCCACAGCGAGGGAUCAGAGAGCAGCUUCCUGUCCUCGUCACCUGUACCGCAGUCACCAAACAGUUCCUCUUCAGACGGCAGCUGCAGCAGCAAGAGCAAAGAGGGCUCUGAUGGAGUACCAAAGAAUGACCGGUUAGAUGACCGCGUUAAGGCCAGCCAGCCAAGUGUAACUGCAUUGACCAAGGGUCAUGGUGGACUUACAAAAUUUAAUGGCAUGGUCCUGCUGUGUAAAGUCUGUGGAGAUGUUGCUUCAGGAUUCCACUAUGGCGUCCAUGCCUGUGAGGGGUGCAAGGGCUUUUUCAGAAGAAGCAUCCAGCAAAAUAUCAAAUACAAGAAGUGCCUGAAGAAUAAUAACUGCUCUAUAAUGAGAAUGAAUAGGAACAGGUGCCAGCAGUGCCGGUUCAAAAAAUGUUUGUCGGUUGGGAUGUCAAGAGAUGCCGUUCGAUUUGGCCGGAUUCCUAAACGCGAGAAGCAGAGGAUGCUGGUUGAGAUGCAAAGCGCCAUGAAAACCAUGAUGAACACCCAGUUCAGCGAUCAUUUGCCCAGCGAAGCCUCGAAAGAGAGCCAAGAACCUUUGCUUCUGCUGCCUCAAGGAGAGCUGAGCGCCAAACGGCAAGAAGAGCAGAAAAACACCGGCAGCCGUUCUCCUCCUCCUCCUCCUCCUCCUCCUGUUCUCCUCCUCCCCCCUCCUCCCCCUCCCCCCUCUGACAUUGCUAAGGAAGAAGUGGUUGGCAUGGUGACCAGAGCCCACAAAGAUACCUUUAUGUACAACCAGGAGCAGCCCGAAAACCCUCCCACUCCUGGGCAGCCCCAGAAUAUGGAGAGAAACCUAACGUACAGCGGUGGUAGUGAAACCAAUAAUAGUGGUGGGAAUGAACAACAUUUCACUGGACAACACAAAGGACAAAACAACAUGCAUUAUCCAAAUGGGCGUAGUAGCCUUUGCUUUGCAAACAGCCAUUCUGUGAACUUGGCUAAUGGUGUCGCCUCAAAAAGUUGCAAUGGCAGGCCUGAAAGUGGCUUUCCUCAGCACAUGUCUAUGAACGCCUACCCCUGCAACCCCGGAGAGAGGAUGCACCUGGUUUGCCCAAUGAACAAGACUCCUUUUGUGGACCCAAAUAAGUCUGGUCAUGAAGUCUGGGAAGAAUUUUCCAUGAGCUUUACUCCUGCUGUGAAGGAAGUGGUGGAGUUUGCCAAACGUGUUCCAGGCUUCCGAGACCUUUCACAGCAUGACCAAGUAAACCUUCUGAAGGCUGGAACCUUUGAGGUUUUAAUGGUACGGUUUGCAUCCUUAUUUGAUGCAAAGGAUCGCACUGUCACUUUUCUCAGUGGAAAGAAAUACAGUGUGGACGACCUGCGUUCAAUGGGAGCUGGUGAUCUGCUCAACUCCAUGUUUGAGUUUAGUGAGAAACUAAAUGCCCUGAACCUUAGUGAUGAAGAAAUGAGCUUGUUUACAGCUGUGGUCCUUGUGUCUGCUGAACGAUCGGGAAUAGAAAAUGUCAACUCGGUGGAAGCGUUGCAAGAAACACUAAUCCGCGUGCUUAGGACCUUAAUCACAAAAAACCAUCCGAACGAAGCCUCUAUAUUUACAAAACUGCUCUUGAAGUUGCCUGACUUGCGUUCCUUAAACAACAUGCACUCUGAGGAACUCUUGGCCUUUAAAGUUCACCCAUAGGCUUUUACCUCUUUUAUUUAUAGAAUGGACUUGCUUCCUGUCAAUUAACUGUGGUUAUUUCUAUAAAAUGCUAUAAAAUGUUUAUUUAUGUUUGUUUGUAUGUAUGUACCUUUUGUGGAGAAGAAGAAGAACUCGCUGUCUGUGUGAUGGGUAGAUGUUAUGUUGCCAUGCAAUAACAACGUUUCGGGUUGAACAUUUUUCCGUCAGUGGCGACAUGGCCAUAGAUUUCUUCAUGAUUAUCCAAAAUAGUGCCCCAUUUGCACUAAAAGUGAAGAGGUGACAUUCAAUCUUACGGAUAUAGACUGUUAAUUACUGCACCCUUACAGUAAAGACCAAUUAACUGGCUCUGUUAUAAACCAGAAUGCACAAUGGCUAUAUGCAGAAAACAGAAUUUGGGGUAAAUGCAUAGCUGCCAAGUUUUCCCUUUUCUCACGAGGAAGCCUAUUCAGCAUAAUGGAAAAUCCCUUUAAAAAAGGGAUAACUUGGCAGCUAUGGGUAAAUGACACUACAGUGACUGAAGAUGGAUUUAAUCUGUUUAUUCCCCCCCCCCCCUUUUGAGCAUCUCAUCUUGGUUCUGUAGGAAGCUCAGAAAAUCUAACAUUUUGCUUUUCGGAAGCUCAGGAGCUCCAUGGGGAAGUCUCAUUGUAAACUGAUUUGAUAGCUCCAAGCACAAGCGUCCAUGUGCUGUAUGUAUGUAUAGUAUGUAUAGUAUAGUUGGGUGUGUUAUGACUUUUAAGAAAUACAUUGUUUGUGUAUGUAUAUAUUUAAGUGUAUGUAUGUAAAUAGUUCUAAUUGAAACAACAUGCAUAUAAUUUCUCCACAAUAUUUUUCAACUGUGAAGUUCACCAAACGAAAGGUGGUUGACCCAUGGGAACAACGGAACCGAUGUUUUUGGUAGAUGUGCUGCGGAACCAAAUGUCUCGAGAGUUCAUCGUGUUUAUAGAGAUUUUCAGGUUAACUGCGGUGUGCCGAGUUCGCUGCUUUGAGAAGUCUUGCAGAAUCAAAAGUGAAAUGGCAGAUCUGUCAAAUCAGUUAAAGGUACUGGAUUGGGCUGACUUUUU